AUGGCGGCUGCCAUCGACAGCAAUCUGACCGAGAGGUUCAGUGGCCAACGUUUCACUUGGUACGAGGUCGGCGGUGCCGCCGGUGCUUGUGGCCAAUACCACAGUGACUCUGAGUUCGUCGUCGCUCUUAACGCUGCACAAUUCGGUUCUGGGUACCCAGGGCCCCACUGUUUCCACAGGAUUACGAUUUCCUAUGGAGGCAAGACUACCACGGCUGAGAUUGUGGACGAGUGCCCUGGCUGUCCCUAUGGCGCACUCGAUCUCUCGCCAAGUCUCUUCAGCUUCUUUGCCCCCAAGUCCGUAGGCGUCAUCUCCGGCAGCUGGAGCUUUAGCUAA